GCUGGGGGGUUGGGGUGGGGAGAGAUAUAGAAGAGCAGGGCGGAUUUGAAUUGGGAGAGGGAGUUUCUAGAAUCGGAUGGCGGCCGCCGGUGGAGGAGAUGUGAAAUCGAAGGCGGAACUGGACGCCGUCGUAGCUCAGGGUGUUCCGGUGGUCUUGCACUUUUGGGCGUCGUGGUGCGAGGCGUCGAAGCACAUGGAUCAAGUGUUUUCGCACCUCGCUACCGAUUUCCCUCUCGCUCGCUUCCUUAGGGUUGAAGCUGAACAACAACCUGAAAUUUCUGAUGCAUAUUCAGUUGCUGCUGUGCCUUUCUUUGUGUUCUUCAAGGAUGGAAAAGCAGUUGAUACACUAGAAGGAGCUGAUCCUUCAAGCUUGGCCAACAAGGUUGCUAAAGUUGCAGGCGGAAUUAGUUCCCAGGAGCCUGCAGCUCCGGCGAGUCUUGGGAUGGCCGCAGGGCCCACCAUUCUCGAAACAGUCAAGGAGCUUGCCAUGGUAAAUGGUGGAUCUCAGCAUGAUCGCCAGUCACAAUCUGGUGUCGGUGAUCAGCUAAAGAAGAAGCUUCAGCAGCUUGUUGAUUCUCAGCCUAUCAUGCUUUUCAUGAAAGGCAGCCCUGAGUCACCAAAAUGUGGUUUUAGUCAAAAAGUAGUUGAUAUCUUGAAGAAAGAAAAGGUUAACUUUGGAAGUUUCGAUAUCUUAACAGAUAAUGAAAUUCGUGAGGGACUGAAGAAGUUUUCAAACUGGCCUACAUUUCCUCAGCUUUAUUGUAAGGGAGAACUGCUCGGUGGCUGUGACAUUGCAAUUUCUAUGCACGAAAGUGGAGAACUUGCUGAGAUUUUUAAAGAUCAUGGAAUAGAGACGAUUGAUUCAAAUGAUGGAAAGAAAGCCGAACCUGAUAGUGGAAAGGGCGGCAUCACUAAAGCCUCCGGCUUGAGUGCAGCGUUGACUGAUCGAUUACAUGGCCUGAUUAAUUUAGCACCAGUCGUGCUGUUUAUGAAGGGGAAGCCUGACGAGCCCCGGUGUGGUUUCAGCCGCAAGGUUGUUGACAUCCUUAGACAGGAGAAAGUUCCAUUUGAGAGCUUCGACAUUCUUUCAGAUGAUGAAGUUCGCCAAGGGAUAAAAGUGUAUUCAAAUUGGUCAAGUUUUCCUCAGCUAUAUAUAGGUGGAGAACUGAUUGGCGGAUCAGACAUCGUCUUGGAAAUGCAAAAGAGUGGAGAACUUAAAAAGAUUCUGACUGAGAAAGGGAUCUCUUCUGGUGAGACCCUUGAGGAUCGCAUGAAUCGGUUGAUAAAUUCUUCUCCUGUGAUGCUCUUUAUGAAGGGGACCCCGGAUGCUCCAAGAUGUGGUUUUAGCUCUAAGGUUGUGAAUGCCCUUAAGGAGGAUGGUAUCGAAUUUGGAUUUUUCGAUAUUCUGACUGAUGAGGAGGUGAGGCAGGGAUUGAAGACAUUCUCAAGCUGGCCGACAUUUCCACAAUUAUACUACAAGGGAGAGUUCAUCGGAGGCUGUGAUAUUGUGCUGGAGCUUCAAAGUAAUGGCGAGCUGAAGUCUACCCUCUCCGAGUAAAUCCAGAAUUGAGACUUAAUCCUCUUGACAGCUAUAAUGGAUUGUGUUUGAGACACAGCCAAGGUAAUUUCUGCAUCUAUAGGUGAGAUUAUUAUUUUAGAACUCUGUCAAAACUUAUGAACGCAUGGCCAGUGCUUCUGUGUGAGGUUUUGUUCAGCCAUUAUUGCUUGUGGUUAUGAGAAUUUUCAGAUGUCUUUGCAAA